AUGGAUCUUCUGAUCGUAUGGAUUUCUAUGCUGUUUACAACAGUGGCUGACACAAGAAGGCAUGACAGACUUGUUGACCCUGUACCAGUCUACCCCCUUAACAUGGCUCCUGACUCUGUUGAUGAUGACUACAAAAACUGUUCUGCUGAAAUGUCCAAUGAAUUAUGUUUUGAGGUGAGGACAUGCCACGGUGCAAAUGUGUCAAAAUACUCACGUUAUCCUGAAGAGAAAGAGGUGCUGAUUCCACCCUAUGAGACGUUUAAAAUAAAAAAGGUAAUUAAAAAAGGAAACGGUCAAACGGUCAUGAACUGUGACACGGUUUACCAACUGGAGAGUACUGCUGAGCCAUUCUUACUUUUGUUUUUCUUCUCCUUGAUUCUGUGCACCACUAAUUUUUAUAUUUUAUAUAUUUUUUUCCAAAACAGCUACAUAGUCUUCAGCAUCUUCCCCACCAUUGCUGACAUUGUCAUCGCCAUCAUGUACUUCAUAUCCCACUUCAACUCCUGGUUCGGCCUCAUCGUCUUUGUCUGCAUGUUCCUCUACCUCACUCUCACCAUCAUCAUCACAGAAUGGAGGACCAAGUACCGGCGAGACAUGAACACUCAGGACAACAACGCCAAGUCAAAGGCAGUGGACUCGCUGCUGAACUUUGAGACGGUGAAAUACUACAAUGCAGAGAGCUAUGAGGUGAAUCGGUUUGAGGAUGCCAUACUUAAGUAUCAGGUGUCUGAAUGGAAGACCAACGCCUCACUGGCGUUCCUGAACCAGACUCAGAACCUCAUCAUCGGCUCCGGGCUGCUGGCAGGCUCCCUGCUCUGUGCCUACUUUGUCUCCGAGGGCAAGUUUCAGGUUGGAGAUUAUGUCCUCUUCGGGACUUACAUCAUCCAGUUGUACACACCCCUCAACUGGUUUGGAACCUACUACAGAAUGAUCCAAAACUCCUUCAUCGACAUGGAGAGCAUGUUCAAACUCUUCACUGAGGAACAGGAGGUGACGGAUGAUGUAAAUGCAGGAAAUCUCUUGUUCAAGUUGGGGAAGGUGGAGUUUGAGAAUGUAUUCUUCAGCUAUGUGGAGGGAAAGGAGAUCCUGAAGGACGUCUCUUUCACUGUGCUGCCAGGCAAGACUGUUGCUCUGGUUGGUAAAUCCGGCUCUGGUAAGAGUACUAUCAUGCGGCUGCUCUUCCGUUUCUAUGACGUCAACGGGGGCUGCAUCCGGAUCGACGGUCAGGAUCUCUCCAAGGUGAAGCAGACUUCGCUGCGUUCCCAUAUUGGAGUGGUGCCUCAGGACACCGUCUUGUUCAAUGACAACAUCCGAGACAACAUCCGCUACGGGCGCAUUUCUGCCAGUGAUCGUGAGGUGGAGGAAGCAGCCAUCGCUGCUGACAUUCAUGAGAAGAUCCAGUCCUUCCCUGAAGGAUAUGACACGCCGGUGGGAGAGAGGGGACUGAAGCUCAGUGGUGGGGAGAAGCAGAGAGUGGCCAUUGCCCGAACCAUCCUCAAAGAUCCCCAGAUCAUUCUAUUGGAUGAGGCCACGUCUGCCCUGGACACACAAACGGAGCGUAAUAUUCAGGCCUCGCUGGCCAAAGUGUGUGCAAACAGGACCACUGUUGUGGUGGCACACAGGUUGUCCACCGUCAUUGGAGCUGACCAGAUUUUAGUUCUGAGUGAUGGACAAAUCGCCGAGCGAGGAAGGCAUGAGGAGCUGCUGGCCAAGGGCGGACUGUAUGCAGACAUGUGGCUGAAGCAGCAGCAGGCUCAGGAUUCUGACUCCGCUUCUGACACAGAAGCCAAGGACAGGAAGUCAGAAAAACUACAGCCCCCAUCAGCCACUGGGGGCCACCCCCAUGGCCACUGAGCACAAUACUGCUAGCCAAGGCAUUUGGUUUGGCUACAGAGAAACUGCACAUGAGGUACAGGCAGAAACUGAGUCUGUACAGUUGCAAAUCACUGACAGGGCUUGAGUCUUUAUAUUACUUGUUUUAAGGCCGUUUGGGGCACAGUUUGACAAAAACAUGUUGAUACUGAACAGUUUAUUUUUCUUUAAUCACAAUUUUUAUUUGCUCUUUGAACUUCUGGCUAGUGAUUGUGCUUGAGAUUUUGAAGGGGUAACAGUACCCCUCCAUAUCUUGCACCUUCAUUUGUUCUUUUGGUCUCGUACACAAAACAUCUGUAUAUUCUGUUUUUCGACUGCCUGUAGGCUCAGUGCUCCCUGUCCGUGUAGUGUUAAUAUUCAAAUACGUAAAGAUAGUAAGUGUUGCAAAGUUAUGCUGACACACACACCUGUUCACUUUAUUUACACAGGUGUAAAUGGCAUCACAAUCUUAUUUAUGUAUGCAAUACAACUUUUUGAGCCUAGGAGAUCAGUUAGACAUGUUGAAUGUAUAUAUUUUAACAUCGUUUUGUUAUUUUAUAUUUUCAUUCUAUGUACCUUUUAACCUUUUUAACACCUUUUAAACAAAACUCCAAACCAUAUAACACCGCAGUGGUUGUGUUCGUCAGAAAUAUUAUGUUUGCUUUUCAUUAUUUUACUUUGGGGAAUUGUAAUCACUACUGAGUGUCUUUUAAAAAAAGGUACUGAAAUAGAGAAGCAGCUUUAGCCAAGUGUUGGAAACACAUGAGCUUUAGGAACAAGUGACAAGGUCACACUACAAGAGCGGGUGGUUUAUUGAGUGCUUCUCAUGGUAUUUAGCGUGACCAUGAGGAAGAACCACCAGGUUUUAAGACCAUAGCGAAGAACCACCAGGUUUAGUGUACACGAGGCCAGUGCAUUGCUAAUCCGAGAAAUGCCCCCCAUCUCACUCUGACACGUGGAUUUGGGUGAUAACAUUACAGACCACUGAAAACUUUUAUAACUGUUCUUGAAAAGCUUACAUAUUGCCAGUUUAUAUUUUGGUGUCAUAAUAUUGACACUUUAGCCGUAAUAUUGAUGAGAAAGCUGCAUUGAAGAUUUGGUCUUAUCUAUGUGUCUGGGCUGGCUUUAAACGGCCAGUGGAAAGGUUGUAAGGUCGUGUGUAAUUUGUAAGUGAGUGUGUGACAUCACAGAUAAUCUCCGUCCUUUAGCUGCCGUAGCCUUAUAAGGGACAGUGUGUGUGUAGUGCUGUUUCAGUUCUCUUUUAUUUAUAAGAAAUCAGGUCUGUGGAGAAAACAUGAGCGAUUAGGAACCUAUGUUGACGUGAGGCACUUUUGGGCUCUGACGUAUAGAACAUCGGGCUUGCUACUGUAAUAAUGAGUGAUGUGCUCCUACUUCACCUCCUCACCAUAACUGACCGAGUGGACAGAUGCCAAAGAUAACGGGAGAGUCGGGUUUGGGAUAUGCUGAGUCAGGAUGUUUUUUUUUGCUGAGCCGUUGAGUCAGUUUGUCAUGAAGUCAGUAAUGAUUGGCCUGUGAGCAUUUUUGUGUCUGUACUCUGUGACACUAAUGAUCACUCCUCCAGUGUUGUCAGUAUGAGCAGGUGACGAAUGUGACCUCUGACCUUUUUGUAUUCACUACGUUUCUACCGGGCAGAAUCCCAGUUUCAACUGUAGGUGUAGUUUACCAACUGCACCUUUAACAUUUGUCUGACAAAAUGCCCUUUGAGUGAUAUACUAUUGUGUAGGCGUCACAAACUUUGGUGAUUAACUCCUGGUUGAUCAAAUGAAGAGGGCACUGGAGAGUGGGUAGAAUUGGUGUCUGUCUUGGUAUGAACUAUUGUGCCAGUUAUAAUUUGGUCUCAUGAAUUUAAAUUGCUGCUAGCAGGAGAUUGAUGAUGGGUGUCCGCUGAUCUGCUCUUGCCUGAGUUUGUUCAAAUGUUUUUAUUUGUAAGGUGUGUAAUAAAUAAAUAAUUUAUAAGAAAAUGCA